AUGGCAGAAUCAUUUGUUUUCCAUAUUGCUAACUCACUCUUAGGAAAGCUUGCUUCUUAUGCUUAUGAAGAAGCUUCUCGAGGCUAUGGUGUGUACGAUGAUCUACAACAUAUGAAAGACACUUUGUCAAUUGUCAGAGGUGUUUUGUUGGAUGCUGAGUAUAAGAAGGACCAAAAGCAUGGGGUGCGUGAAUGGAUGAGACAGAUUCAAAACAUCUGCUCUGAUGCUGAAGAUGUCUUUGAUGGAUUUGAGUUCCAACACAAAAGGAAGCAAGUUGCCCAAGCUUCUAACAGCACUCGGACGAAGGUACGCCAAUUGUUUUCUUCCUCUAAUCCAAUUGUUUUACGUCCUAUGAUGGCGCACCAAAUCAAAGAUAUUAAGGAAAGAUUAGAUAAGGUAGCAACUGAUGGGAACAAGUUUGGUCUUGCAAAUAUUGAUGUUGGUCCUCCACUUGUUUUGCAAAGGAGAGAAUCGACUCAUUCCCAUGUUGAUGCUUCUGAUGUAAUUGGGAGAGAGAACGAUAAGGAAGAAAUUAUCAAGCUUUUGAUGCAACCAUAUCCUAAGGGAAAUGGUGAUAAAAGUUUGUGUGUUAUUUCCAUAGUAGGAAUUGGAGGCUUGGGAAAGACUACACUCGCAAAGUUUGUGUUCAAUGAUAAGAGGAUGGAUGAACUUUUCAUGAUGAAGAUGUGGGUUUGUAUCUCUGAUUAUGAUGAUUUUGACUUGAGGCAAAUACUUAUUAAAAUCAUCAACACUGCUUCUGCUUCUGCUUCCACUUUGGCUUCAGUUUCAGCUCCACGGAGUGUUGCUCUUGUUGACCAAGAAAACAUCAACAACUUAGAUAUUGAGCAACUGCAAAGUCGUCUUAGACAUAAACUUUCGGGUCAGAAGUUUUUGCUUGUUCUAGAUGACAUAUGGAAUGAUGAUCGUGCAAAGUGGAUUGAGUUGAUAAACUUUGUUAAAGCUGGUGCAAGAGGAAGUCAAAUCAUAGCGACGACACGUAGCAACUCAGUUGCUUCAGUGAUAGGUACUCUUCCCUCGUAUGUUUUGAAAGGCCUUUCUCAAGAUGAUUGUUUUUCUUUGUUUCUCAAAUGGGCCUUUAAGGAAGGUGAAGUAAUUAAAUAUCCAGAUCUUGAGGAGAUUGGAAAAGAAAUCGUAAAAAAGUGUGCAGGGGUUCCACUUGCUGUUAGAACAUUAGGAAGUUCAUUGUUCUCAAAAUAUGACUUAAAUAAGUGGGUAUAUGUGAGAGAUUCUGAGUUAAGCAGCAUAGAACAGAAAAGAGGUGAUAUUUUACCUACACUAAAGUUAAGCUAUGAUCAAAUGCCAUCCUAUUUGAGGCGAUGUUUUGUUUACUUUUCUCUUUAUCCCAAAGAUUAUACAUUCUUUAGUAAUGAUAUAGUUCGGCUUUGGGUAGCUCUUGGAUUGGUACAAUCUCGAAAUGGAAGUGAACAACUAAUGGAUAUUGCAAGAGAAUAUAUAGACGAGUUAAAUUCUAGAUUAUUUUUUCAAGAUUUCAAAAGCUUAGGCUAUUUUGUCUCGUUUAAACUACAUGCCUUGAUACAUGAUCUUGCUCGGUAUGUUGCAAAUGAGGAGUGUGUAGCAGUGGACUCGCGUACUAGGAAUAUACCUCAACACAUAAGACACUUAUCCGUUGUUGAAAAUAAUUCAAUACACAAUGUUUUGUUCCCCAAGUCCGGAAGUUUGAGAACUCUAUUAUUUCCGAUCGAAGUAAAGGGCCUUGACAAGGGAACUUUGUUGGAUACAUGGAUAUCAAGAUACAAAUAUCUGCGAUAUUUAAGUUUAAAAUAUUCUUCCUUUGAGAUUCUGCCUAAUUCAUUUUCUAAGUUGAAGCAUUUGCGAUAUCUCGACCUUUGUUAUAAUAAAAAAAUCAGAAGACUUUCUCAUUCUAUUUGCAAUCUCCAUAAUUUGCAAGUCUUAAAACUCACCGGAUGCGUGGAGCUUGAAACAUUGCCUCAAUGGCUAGGGGGGUUGAUUAGCCUUCGGGAAUUGUUUAUAACAACAAAGCAAUCAAUUAUGCCACUCACAUUAUUUGCAAACUUGAACCACCUUCAACUUUUGGUUUUUUAUAAGUGUCAUAAUAUGAAGUUUCUAUUCAGCGAGACACAACAGCUCAUUUCAGUAGAAACAUUGAUUGUUGAAUUAUGUGGUAGUCUAGAGUCCUUGCCUCUCUUUAUUUUUCCAAAAUUACAAACUCUAGUAGUUUCAAAGUGUCAGAUGGUAAAUUUGUCAUUGUACAAUGAAAACCCAAUCCAAAGAUUCAUGAUGAACCAUUUAUAUAUUGCAAGACUUACCGGGCUUCUGACAAUUCCUAGUUGGAUUAAAGGUGUUGUAGAUACUUUGGAGACCUUACAAGUUUAUGAACUUCCCCAUCUUAAAACACUUCCCGAGUGUCUAACAACAAUGACUCGUCUUAAGAGACUUUGGAUUUCUCGUUGCCCUCAGUUGUCGAGUUUUCCAAGUGACUUCCAUUGCCUCACCGCCCUUGAACAUUUGUAUAUAUAUAUGAUUGUCCUGAAUUAUACCUAA